AUGUACGCCGUGCUUGACUCGCACCUCGUCAAUGUUGUUGGUCUGGCACUGCUGACGUUUGCGUUCGGCUUCCCUGAACCGUGCCCGCUUGUUUUUCUUUUCUUUUUUCUUUUUUUUCUGCUGGUUAUUUUUUCUUCAGACACAGCCUCCUGCUUUGCAACACCUUCAAGGUGCACGCUCUUGUCGACUGCCGCUGGAAAACGUCCCAGUCUAGCAAGUACCGUAGAAUCUACGCGAUGUUUCAACUGGAAUACGCUUCGGUGCUUUCUUUCUGGGGUCCUCUUUCUCUGCUACUUGAUUGGUCGCUGGCUGAUCAGCCAGCGUAAAAAAUGUUUCGAGGCCUUCGAAGGAACUGGCGUACCAACACCUCCUCUUCGAAGUCUCAUCAACGGAAACACGGAUGAGUUCCUGAAACCGAGCCAGAUUGAAAGCUUGGGACGCUGGCUGAACGAGUACGGAGAUGUUUUUGGUUUCUACCUGGGUGACAUUCCCUUCGUAGUCGUCAAGGACCCGGAUAUGAUAAGGGAGAUAUUCGCCAAAGAAUUCAACAACUUCAACCGCCGAGGGCACCUCUUGCGAGCCCACGAGUUGGACCCGAUUACGCGGCGGAACUUUGUGCUGGUCGGGGGCCGCCAGUGGAAAACGACGAGAACGUGCAUGCAGCAGUUCUUCACGACAGCGAAAUUGAAAGUGGUGAUGCCAGCUCUACACGAUGCCCAGCGCGAGUUCGUGAACAUUCUCGGCGAGUGCGCCGACAGUGGCGCUGAAGUGGACAUUGGUGAGCGCUGCGAGCGCCUCACAUUUGACGUCAUCAGCAAGAGCGCGUUCAACCUGGACACCCGGGUUCAGCGCAGUUCGGAGAACCCGCUCUUCCAGAAGGCGGUGCAAUGCUUCCCUGGGAUCAUGAGCGGCUUCAUGUACAGCUUGAGUCUGAAUCUCUACCAUUGGACAUGGGCCUACAAAAUAUUCCACAAGCUCUUCAGCUGCUUCUUUACGAACCCGCUCUCUGAAAUGACCAAGUACGCGGCCGAGCUUAUCAAGUUCCGUCACCAGAAUCCGCAGGUGGACGUGCCAGACAUGGCUCAGCUUCUUCUGGACGAUGCGCUAGGCAAGAACAACGCAGAAACAACAAAUAAAGAAGCCCAGCAAGCACUUCCCGGUAAAAUCAAUCGAUCCAUCAAUAAUUUCAAUUGUAAUUACGACUAUACACGGUACAUUUACCAGUUGUGGAAAAGUUCAGUAUCUCUGUCCCAGGAGAAGCUGUACGAACUUGCUACCAACUGCAUGGACGUUUUCCUCGGCGGCUACGACACGACGAGGCUGGCACUGACCUUUUGGUUUUACCUGAUGGGUAAGCAUCCCGAUGUCCAGGAGAAAAUGCGAACAGAAGUACUCGAAGCCUUCAAGAAAGAGGAGGAUGAACUAUCCGUUCAGACACUGAUGGGGCUGACUUACACGAAUCAAGUGCUGUCUGAGACGCUACGGAUGUAUCCACCCAUCAUCACGUUUACAACGCGCUGCGCGGAUGAAGAUUACCGGUACGGCAAGUAUCUGAUCAAGAAAGGAACUUCUGUCAUGGUGCCCACGUACCAGCUGCAUCGCGACCCGCAGUUCUGGACGGACCCGGAAAUGUUUGACCCCGACAGGUUCAGCCCUGAGAACAAGCAUCUCAUCAAGCCCGGCGUGUAUCAGCCGUUUGGUCUUGGGGUUCGCAUAUGUGUCGGCCAGCGUUUGGCCCUCCUAGAAAUGGCCUCAGUCACAUCGCAGGUGUUGCGUCGAUUUCGGAUAACUCACGGCCCCAGUCAAAAGCCUGAUAUGGAACUCUUCACGUACGCAUUUUUGUUGGCUCCAAAGGAACCAGUUUGGAUUCAGUUGCACAAGUUGGACGGCAUCAAAUAAAGCGGCAUUUUCUAGUCAA